AUGUACCCGUUCCUUGACCGACAGAGCUUCGAGGAGACGGCGUUUUCGGCGACCCUUGCGCAGACAUUGGAAGGCACUCCUGCAUUUUCUGCUCUGUAUCACGCAGUCCUUGCAUUGGGAUGUCAGUACCAUGAUGGCGGAUCCUUCGACCCCGGGAAGGGCAAAGCAUGGAAAUUCUUCCAAAUGUCACUAGGCCUAAUGGUCGACAUUCUCGUACCACGAGAAUCGUUGCUUAGCCUACAAGCCUUGACUGCUAUGUCCAUUUUUGCCAUGAACACCUGUUGCUUGCAGAUCGACGAAAUCCUAAUCAUGGAAGCAGCGCGCAUGGCGCACGCGCUCAGAUAUCACCGAGCCAUUUGCAGCAGAGAGCAACAAGUGUGGUGUCUGCGCACAUUUUGGGUUAUCUACGGCAUGGAGAAGCAGUUAGCAUUUCAAAAUAGGGAGAACUCGUUGAUCGCAGAUUAUAACGUAGGGUGUCCAAUUCCAGAAACACCAGAGGCGAGCUUUGGGAGCUAUAACUGGUUUUUGUCCUCCAUCCGAUUUGCCAGGAUAACAUCACAAGCAUAUGAGCUUCUAUUCUCCAUUACCGCCACUCAAAGCUCCACAGAAACAUACUACACAAGAAUUGAUCAUGUCCAUGAGCGCCUGGAAAAAUGGCGACUGACCGUGCCAGACGGUUUUCGACCUGGAGAGUCUUGUUCUCCACAAACCUUCACCGAACCUGUCUCUAAAAUGGUCGCUCUCCAAACCCAUUACUCCUACCAUAGUAUGGUCAUUGCUUUAGCGCGACUUACCCUCCAGAUCGGCUCAGACGAUGGUGUGCGACAAGAAGACAGCAGACGAAGUCUGAUGGCUUCUGCUCGACGGAUAAUUGAGCUGACUCAAUAUAUUGACAAGGCACCCCAUACACCACUGUUUAUUCUUGCCAUCAUGCCACUUGUAGCCCUCUUUCUCCUUUUCGACUUCGUAAUCCACAAUCCCACACACCCGGAAACAAAGACCAGUUUGGCAAUGCUUGAUAUUGUUUCGGGGCACUUUGCUCUUGUUGAGCAUGCAUCGAAUGGAUCCUUGCCCUGCUCAUUGGCCUCAGAGUUUGCCCACAUAGCGCGACAGCACGUCAGAGAUGUAAACGGUGGACGUGGUCUCGGGGAAAUUAUGGACGCCACUCUUACCCCGGCACAAAGACCUUUCCGUGGCCAUAUCAAGACAGGAUCGGGUGUCUAG